AUGGCAGCCGUACAAGAUGCCAUUCCCCCCUCCUCCUCUCCCUCCACAUCGCUUCUCAUGGCGGCACCAGGAUUUCCCGAAACACCCACCGCCGUCCGAUCAGGGGCAGCAGUGGCGACAGACGUGCCAAACGCCAGCGCGAUUGCGCUCGGCCUCUCGCCGUCGCAGGAACUCGCACAGCAGAUCUCGGCGCUGCGCCUGACCGACGCCGAUCCCGACACGGAUGUGGGCACGGAUGCACACGCAGCGCCGGCGCUCGUCGGCAGCGGCAGCGGGGGCAGCCGCCGCGAGCGUCUGCGCGCAGCGGCUCGUGCCCUCGAGGCGAUCCUGCAGCAUUUGCAGGCGUCACGCAGCGCUAUCUUCCAGCUGGAGGAGGUGCGGCACGCCGUCUCCGUAGCGCUCCCUGGUGCUGCUACUGUCCCAGCAGCCAACGACACCGCAGCGGGGCAGGGCACGCGCGGCGAAAAUAAGGACAAUCAGGGGCAUCAGCGGGAAAGGGCUGCGGACCAGCUCAUGAUCCAGCUGGACGACCGACUGCAGAGCGCCUCGCGCCUCUUCAGCGCACUCGAGCUCGAGAUCGCCUCUCUCGCACAGGCUCCUCCUAGCAGGGUAGACGACGUUGACGAGGAGAGUGACGCAGGCGUGCCGGCUCUCAAGAGAAGCGGCAGCGAGAGCUCCCUGGCGAGCACGUCCAGCUUUGACGACGAGCUAUUUUUUGCAGCUGCAGCGGGCGCAGAUGCAUCGGCCCCCUCGCUGGCGUCGCUGCAGGCGCGCUUCGGGGCGGCAUCAGCCGAGUGGGUCGCCGUGCAGGAUGAGGUGGAGCUGCUGCGUCGCGAGCUGGUCGAGGACAAGCAGCUGGCUGUGCUUGAGGGAACCUGCAUGCACGUCGAGAGCGUCAUGGACAGCCUCGAGCGCGCCGUCAAUGCCGCGCGCGAGCUUGGGUGGAAGUGCCAGGAGGAGAUGCAGGUGCUACAUUCGUGGCGCCACCAACAGCAGCAGGCCGUCCAAAAAGCGCGAGGGGUCGACAUAGACACGACCGAGCAGGAGGAGGAGCUGGAAGAUUGCGCGGAACGCGCGGAGCGAAUGCGCAUGCUUCUCGACGAGCUGCGCGAGGUGCGGCGCAAGCUUGAAGUGAAGAAGGAGUACUACUUUCCUUCGAUCGACAAGGCCUUCGUCGGGCUGGAGGCCAUGCUUAAGAACCGCGCAACGUCAAAUGGCCACCUGCUUCGCCGCCGCCAUGAGCUCGGCAAUCGCUGGAAGAGCCUGCGCGAUGGCGUCGGAAAGUUCGAGCGCGACCUUGCGCGAACAGAGCGCAAGCUGCGCGCGGAGGCCCACGUCGUCUUUGGCAGUAACAGCGGCACCGGCGCUGGUGCCGCGGCGGAUCAAAGCACCGCAUGUCUUGCCGACAGCCCGAGCAACAGCAGCUCGCUCAGCACCAACAUGCGUUCCUCCACCAAGAGCUCAGCAGCAGGAGCAGGCGCAGCGUCGUCAUCGCCAACGCGUCCGACCAAAUCGCUCCUGCGCGUGCGACCUAACGGCCACGACGCUAUUGCAGCACAUAGCUCGACUUCGCCAUCAACGUCUGCCUCUGCCGCUGUGGCCCACACGCCGCCCCGCAGGAGCAUCUCCCUUUCCUCUCUCCCUGGCUCGCAGGGAAGCGUUAUUUCCGCUUCCACGCCACCGCAGAAGUUGCUGAAAAGCUCGCAACGCGGCCACAGUGGUGGUAGUGCCGCACCAGGCCAUAGCUCCGGCAGCAGUAGCACCAAGAGCAACAACCGCACGGCGGCCCCCGUACCGAUACCAGCCGCAUCAAGGAUCUCACUCAUCGGUGCUGCGCCCGCCACCGACAUUGUGCACGGCGGAGCGGCAGGGAGCCGCUACGCGCACAUCGGUCCCCGCGUCUCCUCGCGCCGGCCGCCGCCGUCCCCGUCGCCGACGAUGGGACGCAGCAGCGCCAUCACCAACGCCGCGUCGUCUUCCUCUUCACUGCAGGCCGGCCCCCCUGCACAAAUCUACUCGAGCUCCUGGCAGUCGCGAAGCGUGCUCGACGCGAACGCUGGCUCGCAGGUCCCUAAGCAUAUGCAGCAGAGCAUGCAGCGCGCGCCCUUGCGUGGCGUCUCGCCUUCUAUAUCCUCUUCGCCGUACCGUCUCGCAUCCGCGCGCAGAGAUUUAAGUUUGAACGUAGCGGAACGGUCCAAGACGCCGCAGCCUGCGCCAACGUAUGCGCGCUCGCGCUCACGAGCGGGCUCCGAGCCACCCGAGGCGGCGGUCAUGCCCGGCUCGUCGGCCGCAAGCGGGUGGCGCGCCCGUGUCGAUGCGAGGCUAGCGGCGCAACGAGCUGGCUCCAUUGCAGCGGAUGAGUCGAUGGAGAGUAUAGGCGACGACUCGUACGUAUCCACGUCGACCGUGCACCAUCCUCGCUCCGGCUCAUCGCUCGGGUUCAGCACUGGCGCGCCAUUGGCUAGUGCCGCAAGAACGAACCAGGGUCGCGGUGGCACAGCGCGACCAAUGUCGAUGCUCGGCUCGUACUACCGCCCACCCUCCGUCACCGGAAAUGCGAAGGAGGAAAUCGAGGAGAUAUGUUCGCGAUACGACGCGAGCAGCGGUAGCGGCAGUACAGACCGUGCAACUAUGCGACAAAGCUUCAUACCGCGUCUCUCGUCGAACGGCAGUAUCGCCGAUACCUUCUCAGCAGGUGCAGAUCAUCGCUCCGUCAGUCUCAGUGCAAUCCGGCGCCCAGCCUCUGCCCAGUCCAAUGCGUCGAACGACUCGCUGCAAGGCGCUUCGCGCAUCCCCUUGAGGUCGCCAAGCCGUCACCACUCGACUGCUUCCACAAUCUCAUUUGGCGCGAGCCGCCUGAGCAUGCAGACACCCGAACCCGUCAUUGCUGCGCGUGCCCAGAGACUCAGUAUGUUUGCGAAACCGUCCGGCAUCACGAACUCGGCGCAGCGCAAGGCCUCCCGGCCCCCGCCCACGCGGUACAAUGUCGGCGGCGUAGCGAGUCACGGAUCAUCGGCCAGCGCAAGUGCUGGUGCUGGCAGCGGUAACAGCAGCGGCACCGUUUCGCUGAACCCCCGCAAAGCUAGUGGCCGCAGCACACCGCUCUCCGCCGCAGCACUCGCGAAUGUCCCUGACGCCUCGCGCUCGAUCGACAUUGCGCGAAGCUCGCUCGUCUCGCACGAUUCGAGCGUCGCCAACUUUCGCGCGCAGAAAGCUGCGGCAGCCUCACGCGAGGGUGCCUCAACACCAACGCACAGCGAGCGCAGCUUUGGCUCACGCUCGUACGCCAGCUCUGCUUUCGGCGGCGGUGGCGGCACGCGGACCGGGGGUAAUUACUACGACGGUUAUCAACCGAACCCAUUCGAUGAUCUUGACGUGGAGAUUGCUCGCAUCGUUAACGAGCUCGGCGUCGCUCUUGAGCGCCUGGACGAGCGCCUGCCCAAGGGCCAGAGGCUGGACCUUGGGCCGGGCAAAGAAGCUCAAGCGCGUUACCUGGUCGGCGGCAAGGCGGUCAUGUGCAAGAUUCUUGAACUGCACCGGCCUGGUCACGGGUCAGGACGCAGCUCAACGAAGGCACGCAAGAUCAUGGUUCGCGCCGAAGGCUUCUGGCAGGAUCUCGAGGGCUGGCUGUUGACAAAGUUGAGGCAGUAA